AUGGUGGGUGAAUCCAUCGUAGCAACCGUCAACGGAAUGAAGUUCUCAUUCGAUGAAGCAGUUUAUGCGGAGUUCUUUGAACUUCCGACGGAGGGGCACUUAUUCGACCUGAUCCUUUCUUCAGAAAUCAUGGAGGAGAUGAAGAGAACCAUUUCUGCCGAUGGUUCGAUAAUCCAUGUAAAUGGACUCAAGAAGGCGUUCAAACCGCAUUUCAUUCUACUGAACGACGUGGUGGCAAAGAUCAACUCUCCAAAAGUAUAUACUGCCCUUAUAGUGGCUAACACACUGAUGAGGUUGAAGAACAACCUUGAAUCUGCAUCUGGUGCUUCUAGUUAUCAAACUGGUGGAAAACCUUCUACCCGAUCCAAACCUUCUGCUUCUGUUAUGUCAACAGGGGCAAAGAGAACGAAAACGCUUCCUGCUGAGCUUUGUAAGAAACCUCAAUCUGCGUUUGAACUGAUGCGUUCCAGAAGACAGACAAGUGGAAUCGUGAUCGGUGAACCUAGACCUACUCCAAAACCCGUAGAGGUUGUUGGAAAAGGAAAGAAAAUCGCAACUCAAGCUCCCGAAAAGGUAUCGGAGGCAACAUGGAUUGUUGACCUCAUCUUAGAGCAAGUUAAAGUUAUUACGGUUGAGAAACUGGAGAUUUAUGAAUCUUGGUCCAUGGAGAGACUGUCAUCCAAGUAUAAUGAAUCUUUGCCAAACUCUGCUAUAACAAAAGAAUGGAAGAAGCGGGUGGCAAACGAAAAGAAAGUUCUGAAAUGGACAAGAACUUCAGAGGUUGCUGAGUCUCUUAAGAGAAAUGAUUUAGUGGAAGUUUGUCUGUAUGAAAAAGCUCUUUUCCCAAUCUUCGAAGCUAGGAAAGCUAAUUUCAAUUCUGCUGAGAAAGGAUCUGAAGUGGAAAUGAAAGUUUUGAAGAAGCUAAACGAUAUCUUGGACAGUUACGUCUCUGUAGCUUCUCGACACAUUCAUGGCGCCGAUUGCUCUGGCGCAGAACCUCUCAAUGAUGAUGAAGCUAUGGAUAUUCUAGAUGCUGAGAAUGAUGCUGAUGAGCUAGAUGCUGAUCAAAAUGCUACAUAUAAGAAGCCCCGUCUAUUUCCCGACACCAUUGUGGGAAAUGUUCACGAAAACAUCAAUAUUCCUAUUCACUACUCUGGAAAUAUGUAUGAGAGAUUUCAGAGAGUUGAAGAUGAAAUAGCUGAAGAAGAGCGAGAUGAAGCUGCUAAGAAAGCCGAAAUGAAUCAACCGGAGCAAUCCUUGCAGAUUCACACAAACUUUGAGUCAAUUCAGAGCAUGGCAGUAGAGUUUGAAGAGAUCUCAUCUCAUGAAGAGUCCUCUGCCGGAGGAAACAAGGUGUUAAGAUCUAUAAGGUCUAUGCUCUCAUCGAUUCAGAAGACCAUGACACAGGCCAUGAACUCGAAGGAAGAAGAAAGAGAGGGAUUUAACAAGAUUAUCAAGGUCCUUACUAAAUUGGACAACACUUUGAAGAAGAACACAUAUGAGACUCAUGUCGCAAAUCUAAACUUCUCAAAGUUUGAAAAGCAACUCUUUAGCCGUCAAACUGAAUUACUGGACAUUGAAAGGCAAUUCAAUGAUGAACGUCACAAGGAGACCUUAGAAGAAUUUUGUCUAGUGAAGAAUCACUGGGCGGCGGCGGCAGAGGAGAUUCUUCAAGUUUCGGCGGCGGCAGAGGGCGAUUCUUCAAAGGCUACGGUGGUCUUCGGCAGGGCGGCACCGCAAGGUCUUCGGUGGUCUUCGGCAGGGCGGCGGCGCAAGGUCUUCGGUGGUCUUCGGCAAGGAGGCGGCGCGGCGUCUUCCCAUACUGAUGCCAAACUUGAUGAGCUGACAAAGGAUGUAAAUGAGAUUAAAACUGAAGUCAAGCUCAUUAAGGAGAAUCAACAAUUUAUAAUAACAUUAUUGGGUGAAAUAAAGGAACAAAAGAAUAGUGGAGGGGAAGAAAAAGAAGAGGCAGGUACUAGUGCACUUGAUACUGAGAAGAGGACGAGGACGAAGACGAAGAAGAAGAAUAAUGAUGUUGCACUUGAUACUGAGAAGAGGACGACGAAGAGGAAGAAUGAUGAUGUUGCACUUGAUAAUGAGAAGAGGACGAAGAGGAAGAAUGAUGAGGUGAUGAACAAGUGGAAUAAUGAUGAGGAGAUGAAGAAGAGUAAGUACGAUGAUGUUGAUGAGAUUAAGAGAAAGAAGAAUGAGAGAAAUGAGAGGCAGGAGAGGCUGACGAACUUGGCAAAGAAGAGGAAGACUGAUGAGUUGGCCAAGAAGAGGAAUACGGAUGAUGAGUUGGCCAAGAAGAGGGAGUUGGCCAAGAAGAGGAAGUCGAAAAAGGUAUAA